UUCCAUUGAAAUAAUUUCAGAUUUUAAAGAUUAGGGUCUGUUUCUGUUGAAAACUUGAAUUUUUACCCCUCUUUCACUCUCUCUCUGCAAUUAAAAUCUAUAUUCUAGAGAGAGAAAGAAAAGCGCCAGAUGUGAAAUGAAAUGAAUUUUUUUUUCUUGGCCACACACAAAGGUGACACAGAGCUUCAUUCAAAAAAAGCCCUACCUAGUAUCAGAUCUUACCCAUCUGAAUUUUCCCGCCAAAGUUCAAUUUUGAGCUGAACCCAGAAUCUUAAUCGGGUGGUAGCUGUUUUACGAAGGUGGUGUUCUUGUAGAAGGUAGUGGUGUUUGGAGGUUUUCAUUGUUGUGUUUUUUGAAGGAGAUUUUUUUGCUAAAGAUUGCUUUGAUUGUUUUUUUGUACCAAUGCUUGACGACGGACAGAAAGUUGAUUUGUAUAAGCUGUUUACUGCGGUUAAGGGUAAAGGUGGGUACGAAGUUGUUUGCGAACGAGAGUUGUGGGAUUUGGUUGGGGAAGAAUGUGGGUUGGGUGUGAAUGUUGGUUCAUCUGUGAGACGGCUUUAUACUGAGUACAAGAGUGUUUUGGAGGGAUGUCUUGAGAAACUUGUUUCUGGUAAGGUAUCGUAUGAGCGUGUUUUGAUGGAAUCGUUGGCUGAGGUGAAAGCGUUGUUGUCUGAUCAGACUGAGAAUAUGGUGGCUGGUGAGGAGGUUAAGGGUGGAGUUGAAUCUGAAAUAACGGACGGGGGGAUGGUUAAUGAAACUGAUGUUGGAAAGUUGAGUGAGGGUAAUGAUGAUGGAGGGAAGGUGUCUGUAGAGACAGCGGUGGAUGCGUCUAACGUGGUGAAGAGUGGUGAGUCUGGAUUGUUGAAUGGCGAGGGUCGUGAUGGUGAAGGUCGUGAUGAUAUUAUUAUCAUUGACUCAGAUUCAUCUGACGGUAAUGGAAAAAGUUAUGGAGUAAAGAGAAAGAGAGAGCCUUUGUCUGAAAUGAUGAGUUGGAUAACUCGUGUCGCGAAUAACCCUUGCGAUCCUGAAACUGGUUACAUGCCUGGAAAGUCGAAGUGGAAUUCUAACGAUAAUCAGGAGGCUUGGAAGCAGGUUUUGUUGUUUCGAGAGGCUGCGUUUCACAAGAAACAAGCAAGCAUUGAAAAGCUGAAUUGGCAGAAUCAGAAGAUGCAUCCUUGCUUGUACGAUGAUGCUGCUGCGACGGCCUACAAUCUGAGGGAGAGGCUGAAACAUGACAAGAAACUGUUGGUUGAAAAACCAAAAUCAGCUUCACAAAGCUCGUCAAAUUCAUCCUCUGACGAACGGGUUGCGAAACAUUUGCGUGAUUCCGCGAGUACCCCUUCGAGUUAUGAGAUAUGGGCAGAUGCAUGCAUCCGCGUGGGGGAAAGUUAUCAAGCUCGACUGCCAGAGUGGACUGGUGUGGCUUCUGAAAGUGAUCCUAAGUGGUUUGGGACCCAGGUUUGGCCAUCGUUGGAAGCAGUUGAUUCCCGCUUUCUUAUCGAAAGGGAUCCUAUAGGAAAAGGAAGACAAGAAUCAUGUGGCUGCGCUGUGUCGGGUUCUAUUGACUGUGUCAGAUUUCACAUUUCUGAGAGAAAGGCUAAGGUUAAGCUGGAGUUAGGCGCGGCUUAUUACCAAUGGCAAUUCGAUAAGGUAGGUGAAGAUGUUCGACACUUGUGGAGCGAUGAAGAUGAGAAAAAAUUCACAGAAGUGAUACAGUCAAACCCUCCAUCAUCUGCGAGACAUUUCUGGGAUCAUAUUUUUCGCGCAUUUCCUAAUAAGAGCAGUGCGUCUCUAGUUAGCUACUACUUCAAUGUCUAUCUCUUACAACGCAGAGCAUACCAUAGCAGAUACACAGAUGAUGACAUUGAUAGCGAUGAUGAAGAAUCAGCAUGUAAGUUGAAGAGUGUUUUCGGUCAUCAGAAAUCGCGUAAGUCCGUCUUUUUGACCCCCAAGAAGCGGCACAGAAAGAGAAGAUAGAAAGUGAGUAUUUGUCAGCAGCAUAUAGGAAAUUUGUCGAGAAUUCAAAUUUCGACAAAUUUAUGCUUCAUACCAUGCAAUUUUAUCAUUGAGUUUUGCUCUCUUUACACUAUACGUCUUAGCUUUUGAAGGGUAAAAGAUUGAAAUUUGAACGGUUUAUUGGUUUAUUGAUCGAUUCGGGAGAGCUGGUGCUGUGACCAGCUUUGGUGUUGGAUUUUUUUAGUCUAGUAUGCUUCAGAUUUUGAGGUGUAAUUUUGUCUGUCUACAUUGAUUCAUAGUGGCCAUAGAUUGCCAUUUACUUUCAUUUUUUCAUCACUUGGUUUUGACUGCAAAAAGGUUACUUGAAACAGAAGCCUUUUAGGAAUACAGCGACAUUUUAUUGUAGAGUGUCACGAACAAAUACCUCACAAUGCAAUUCAAAUUGGAAUUUUUCA